AGCGCCUACCCCGUCCGCCACUGUGCUCCAUUCCGGGAUUUUGGUGGUUGUCUUUUAUGCGACGCUGUUCGAACUCGGGCCGUUUACAGUAAUACAAUUGCUUUUUAAAUCAACCAGUAAUAGCAAAACGUAACGAAAUGGAUUAUCUGAAAUAGCGCUGAAGAGAUCUGAAGAUGGGACAAAGGGUUUUAAAGCGGAACUGUACUUGUUUCAUUGUAUUUUAAAUCUAUUUGGCGGCAGAUAGACCUCGUCAUGACGUGAGGAAGGAGAACCCGGCGAACGAAUUGUAGUCUGCCUGUUGAAAGAUCCCCUGCAUUCAUAAAAUUUGUGUUUGGAGAAAGGAAAAAGGAAAAUGUAUCGCGGUGGAGAGCGGGAUCUGCAGACUUCGGCAAGAAGGAUGGGCACUUCCUUGCUUUUCCAGUUAUCUGUGCAUGAACGAGAAUUGGAUCUGGUAUUCCUGGACCAUAGUUAUGCCAAGCCCUGGAGUGCCCACCCUGAUGCUAGCAGUGCUCGGCCCACGCGAAUGUUAUUUGUUACACCACGUCGUCAACAGGACACCACUGUAGAAAAUGACAUGCCAAUUGAUGUAGAGACAGUGACACCAACACCAAUGCCUCUAUAUGAUAACCAGAAGGCCCGAAGUGUCAUGAAUGAAUGUGAGAGACAUGUUUUGUUUGCACGAGCUGAUGCAGACACUUCUCCUCCUCCUGAUGACUGGGAAGAGCAUCUCAACAAGACUGGCUGGUCUGUAGCCCAGAAUAAACUGUUCAACAAAGUGCUGAAAGCUCUGCAGUCCGAGAGGCUAGCACGUCUAGCAAACGAGUCGGCAUGUAAUGAACCUGUUCUUCGCCGUAUUGCAGUGGACAAGUGUGCCCGGAAGGUGCGGCAUUCCCUGGCAAGCAUGAAUUGGGACACUAAACUCACCCAGUGGCUGCAUGCAACUCUAGUAGAGUCUCUCAGCUUACCAAUGUUGGCUGCUUACUUGGAUGUGCUGCAAACACUAAAGAGCAAGGUUCCAACACUGAUUGACAGAAUGGUACUCUCUUCUUCUGUAAAGGCUGGAGCUGCUGGGGCAGAAGCAUUGUCAUUGCUUCUCAAGAGGCCCUGGGACCCAGCAGUCGGUGUGCUGUCACAUAAUAAACCGAGCAAGCUCCCUGGGUCACCCCUUAUCUUAAUUGCACCAUCUGGUCCUACAAAUCCUGCAUUUACAACCUCGCGACGUCUUCGAUUUUGGCAAUCACAGUUGUCUUGCUUGGGCAAGGUAAUUCCCAUAUCUACACACCUUGUAAAUGGUGGCAUCAAUGUGGGAGUGACUCAGUGCCUGGAGCACAUGAUUGGAGCUGUCAGGGGUAAAGUUCUAGAGGUACAUGCCCACUUUCCACAUAAACCUGUUAUCUUAGUUGGCUGGAAUGUUGGUGCUCUCAUUGCCUGUCAUGUAUCAGUAAUUGAAUAUGUGACAGCUGUGGUAUGCUUGGGGUUUCCCUUGUUUACAGUGGAUGGUCCUAGGGGGGAUGUGGAUGACCCUUUGCUGGAUAUGAAGACCCCAGUACUCUUUGUAAUUGGUCAGAAUGCCUUGCAGUGCAGUACGGAGUCAAUGGAGGAGUUUCGUGAGAAGAUUCGUGGAGAAAACAGUAUGGUUGUGGUUGGAGGUGCUGAUGACAAUCUUAGAAUUAAUUCAACAAAAAUGAAGUCUGAAGGGUUGACUCAAAGUAUGGUGGACAGAUGUAUUCAGGAUGAGAUUGCAGACUUCUUGACAGGGGUUCUCACCCGUGCAGAGAACCACAGUGCAGCUGAUCCCCGUGAUCUUGACACAGAAAAAAAGAAGAAGCCACGAGACUCCCGCAGAGAAUUGCCAUUUGAGUUAGAGAGAAGCCGUCCUGGCUCACCAGCUUCCCGCAUGCCCAUCUCUCCCUCAGGAUCUGAAGAUUUGUCCAGUGUUUCGAGUAGUCCAGCAUCUAGUCCAAAGACAAAAACCUCAACUUUGUCACCAGCUCAAAAGUCUAGUCUGAUUACUGCUACUCAGCUGUUGAAAACACAUAUGCAGCGGUCUGGGGCUGUUCUCUCUCACAAGCAGGCACAAGCUCAGUUUGCUGCUUUUCUGAAACAAAACAUGCUUGUGAGGAAAGCAGUUCCUCCUGGCACCCCAUCCUGUCUCUUUGUGCCCGUCUCCAGUGAGCAGACAGAGGGACUUGACAGAGAUGAAAUCCGAACACAGCUGAAGAGGCGAUCCACUCCAAGUCCUACACCAGCUAAGUCUUCCAAAAGAGCCAAAAUCAAGGUGACCAUCUUAUCACAUGGGGAUUCUGCUGGAAGCACUGCUGCUACACAGGAAGGCUCUGCUGGGAAACCUUUAACUGUUACUGUGGGCCAGACUGCUGCUGGAUCAAAGGAAUUAUCUGGACUACUUACAGCACAAAGACCAUCUGGCAUUCAAGAAGCCACUAGCACCAGUCCUACCUUUUCUAACAAUGCAUCUCCUGCUUCACUCCAUGGAUUACAGGCACGUCUAGUGCCCAGCACUGCAACACCAGUCCAGGCAUCGGCUGUUUCCUCACAAGCCACUUCUUCUGCCAGCAGCUUGCUUCAGGGGUUAAGUUUCAGCUUUCAGGAAAUUGUCACCAAAUCCCCAAGCCUAUCAUCUGCCUCCUCUUCAGCAGGAACCACCACACAGGCAUCUGGAGCGAAGACACAAUGCCAGUCUCUAAGUGCUAUAACAACAGGAAGCAGCACACUUGUUAGGACACUUCCAGCAGCAACAUCAGCAAGUACUAAGCCUACAGCAAUACAUCAGCUCCUCACUAAUGGUGGGCUUGCAAAGCUUGCCAGUUCCCUUCCAGGUUUGGCUCAUAUCACCAACCAGACUUCUGGACUGAAAGCUCCCACAACCAUCACUGUGACCCUGCGAGGACAGCCUACUAGAGUCACAACCCUCAGUCAAUCUGGAACUGGCACAGUUUUAGCAAAGCCAACUGACAUUCAGAGCCACGAGCCUGCGCCAGGGAAUGGAAACACCCAGGCUGCCUGCGCCGUGCCCCCUGCCAAGAUCCUCUCGCAGCUGGACCUCUGUAAGGUGCCCGGAGGUGCCGAGAAAGGGUCUGGCCUGCCUGCAUCAUCUUCACCACCCAUAGUGACCACAACUAGCCCAACAAAAACAAUCUACGUGAUGUCAGAUGCCAAGAUGUCAGCUCUCACAAAGUCUGUCAAACCACAGCAAACAGAGAUGUCUAUCAAUCAACGAUCCCAAGUGACAGCUACUUUCAACAACCCACCUAUUGCUAGUUCCCAAAGUUUUGUUGUACCUAAAGUGGGACAGGUGUUGCAGGGCACAUCAAAAACUGUAAUUCUCACCCCUACACUUGCCGUUAAAGCUGGAUCAGUUGUGGACAAAGUUGGCCUGCCUAUAUAUAAACCAACUGCAGCAACCAUUGAGACCCUUGGACGUGUCCCAUCUGUGAUGGAUGAAGGCAGUCACAUACUUCAUACCACGGAAACCAUCAGCAAUGCUGCUGGCACCACAAUUAUUACUUUAUCAGGCAACUCAAUAUCUAAUACAAAGUCUACAGUACUCAUAGGCAAUAAUUUAGUUGCAUCUCAAGUGCCAUCAGCUAAUCAGCAACCAUGAGUACUCUCAGAAAUGCCUUGCUCUCAGUGAUGCAUGGUCCUCAUUUUGGAUGUUAAAGAAAUUCAACUAAUAAAGUUUGUUGGAUUUUUAGAUAUCUUCUGCAAAAGCCUUGUUACCAUGAGGAUUGUCAGUAUACAUUAGCAUCUUAAGGAGCAAAUAUCUAUCUU